UUUGCGCGUAAACCGUGGUAGCAAGAACUGAUCUAAGUUGGGAGUACGGAAAUGGCAACGUGACGCCGAGAUAUCACAUCAUCGUGACAGAUAACGCUCGCUGGUCUGGUCACCGACCUGCGGUUGCGACUCACGCGCUGCUGCUGUCAUCUACAGCUUUUACACAUCCGCAGGUCUGGAACUCAGGUUGACUAACUGGACACAGACGGUAGUUACAAUGCCUUCGUUCAAACCAAACAGCUGCUGGAUCCCGUCGUCAAUCGCCAAGCUUCCGCUCGGGUGCCAUGCAUGCAUUUCAACCUCGCGAGCCGUCAGUUUUUCUAUCACGGCCUCCCACAUGGCUGAUGCGGGACCUCGCGCCACGGCCACUGGACCCACCCACGGACUUACAGCGCAACGCUUGGCCUUCAUUGAUAUCCGUCGCAGCCGUCCAAACCCCCACGUCUUCCGAGGCCACCGGGCCCUGGAAGUGAGUAGUGAGCAUUUAUUAGGUGUGUGGAUAGGCGGGACUUGGCGCUCGGCUGGAGGUCGUAAGAUAAAGGCAUCAGUACACAGCAUCAGGGACCCAUUCCGCGUCUCGUUGAGGGACGGGGGCCGGGGCGACCAGCACUCAUCAAGUAAGACUGCAUGCAUGCAGAUUCUUUGGACGUCCGACGUUUGGCUCGCCCUCGCCCUCCCCUGCACCGUCACAUUCAUAAUUUGGCGCCUCUCCCUCCUCCCCCGCAGCUGGGCGGAGCUGCGUGACCUGCUCGCCCUGCGGUCCCUCGACGCCGCCGAGGCGGGCGCCUUCUCGCUGCAGCGCGCGCACAACGCCUUCGCGCGCUACCGGCACCUGUCCACGGCCGAGUUCGCGCAUCUGCGCGCGGCGUACGCGAGCAUCAGCCGCCCGCACAAGCGCCUCGGCUACACGCUUGGUUACCCCGCGAAACUCGACUCGCUGGCGCAGGUGACGGACGCCAACGGGCGCGUCACGGAUGCGAUCGCGCGGCUCGCCGAGGACGACCUUGGUUUCGACGUGCCGCCGCGCGGGGGGUCCUCCGCGGAUUUGAUGCGCGUGAGGGAAGCGUUGAAGCACUAUGUGAGGGACUGGAGCUCCGACGGGAGGUCGGAGCGCGAUCAUAUAUUCGCUCCGAUUCUGGAUGUCCUCCGCGCUGUCGACCGACGGGAACGUGAAGGCAUGCGUGUCUUGGUGCCCGGGUCGGGACUGGGGCGGCUCGCCUGGGAGAUCUCAGAACUGGGCUUUCUCACCACCGCCAACGAGCUUUCGUAUUUCAUGACGCUUGCGCUGCGGCUUCUGCUCUCGGAGUCCAGGACGAGCGCCAUCGACCAGCACACGAUCCAUCCCUACGCCCACUGGUUCUCGCACCAGCGCUCCUCGUACUCCCUCUUCCGCCCCAUGUCGUUCCCGGACGCCCUCCCGCGUCUUUCGCCGACGUUCGAGCUGCUCGAGAAGGACUUUCUGACCCUGCGCAAGCCCGCGGCGUCCGCCGGCUACGACUACAUCGUCACGCUCUUCUUCAUCGACACGUCGCUGAACGUCUUCACGACCCUUGAGCAGAUAUACCACCUGCUCCGCCCCGGGGGGACGUGGAUCAACCUGGGGCCGCUCCUCUGGACGAGCGGGGCCGAGGCCAAGGUGGAGCUCAGCCUCGACGAGGUGCUGCAGGCCGUGCAGGAGAUCGGGUUCGUGAUUCAGGGGCAGGAGGAUGGACAGCGGAGCAGAACGGUCGAGUGUGAAUACACGGGCGAUUCUCGUGCCAUGAUGCGCUGGAUCUAUAGAGCGGAGUUCUGGGUUGCGCAGAAACCGGAAUGAACUACUUGAAUGCAGGAUCUUGACUGGCCACCCGCGGGCAAUGAGGCCUUGGCUGCGACAACUUGUGUGAUAAUACCUGCUAGCAGUGUCUCAGGGUCUCGUUCCCAGUCAAGCACUUUUCACUUGGGUGUCAGAACCUUCCGAAAUUUGCCUUCUAUGUGGCGUAGGGACAAUCGCAUUCGAGAGAAGCAGGGAUGAUAGUCCCACAGUAGGGUUGGAAUGUGACCACGCACAGAUCCUGCGUACGCGGUGGCAGCCUUCGAAAUCGAAUUCGGACUCCGAACUGGAAUUACUUAAUAUAUGAAGCACGGCCUGUGUUCAAUUCUUACCUCCCACAGGCGCUCAAGCAGCUUUGGUACUUCUCAUCAGAGUCUCACUUAGCCUUCCAUGGCCUGGAGUCGGGGGUCCACUGCUGUGGCCGUUUGCCAGUACUUAGGACGCCAAAUUAUGCGACCACUCGAUCCUCGCACGCACGGGGAUCACAUCUUUGACGACCAGAGCGCAUCUGAAUUCCACCUCGCUGUGCUCCUCUGAUGUCGAAUUGGAUUCGAGGGUGAUGAACAACAGCCACGUGCCCGUUCAACUUCCGCAUCCGGUGAAUAAUUAGCUGCUGGAUCGAGAUGCGGUAAAUAGCCUUUGCGUGCGAAAUAUCCGUGGGGGGGAGUGGAGAGCACUUUACCCUGAGACAUGAUGCGGUGUGCUCAAUCAAUCCAUGGCCAGUCUGACGAGUAUAAAAAGCCGCAGCCUGCUGUCUGGCGUUGUCCUCUACUGUUAUUUCUUGCACUAGUCUCCGCCAUGUCCUGGUCGCCGUCGUAUUACUCAUCUCUCCGGGGCGUGUUCGGUGAGCCACCGCCGCCACCGCCGUUGGAGAUCCAUCAGCCGCGGCCCGUGCUACCCACGAGCCAAAUUGUGUCAAUGCUCAAACACCACCCGCCACCCAACACGAAAGACGUCGAAAUCGUAGUCCCCGCCGACGAUGAGUGCAGCCGCUGCCCGGGCCCCCUCCACAGCAUACGCCCGGAAAUCCACGAAAUUCAGACCGCGAAAGUCGGGCGCAAAUGCGGGGGUCGCAUAAGUGUCGCGGUGGAUAGACGUCCCUUGGAUCCGCCGCCGGUGGUGCAGCUUCGAUUCUUCGCGGGCGAUAGCACGGACGCAGAGAUCACAGACUACAGAUCGGUCAACUGCGACAGCUUCGUCUGCCAGCCGGAGCUGUUCAGGUAUCUGCCAGAGCUCGAUCCACGCACCGGCCUCCCUCCAGACCAACUCGAUUCUCUCGUCUGUAGGAGGGCGCUGUCAGAGAUAUCGGUUACGAAUGCGCGUGUCAUCCAGCAUGAGGGUGCGGCUAUGGUCGUCUUCCCGUUCACGGAUCUGUCUUCGAUGGAAACUGGCCGUUUUCUCUUCAGAUACCGGCUGUUCAACAUGGAAGAUACCGCUGCGUCCUACGUGGGCGGCCAUCGGGUGCACCGGAUCGUGGGCGAGUGUUGGGGCAAUCCGUUCCAGGUGUAUUCCACCAAGGACGUUCCCCGCCUUGAGGCUUCGACGGAACUCACCAAGAGUCUGAGCGAGGCGGGCAUUCCCGUAUCCGUCCGGCGCGCAGAGCGGAUUCGGAAACGCAAGGGCAUCCCCCCGGCGCAAGCGAGCCAUUCGCCCGCCACGUUGGCGAGCGACGGAUAACGAUUCGAGAGCUUAACGUUAUGCUACAGCCUGUUGCGCCAGUAUAUCUCUCUUUAAUAUCCAUGCGCGUCAGGUCACCCCACCGCGAAUUGCCUCAUAUGGAC